UGCAAGUUGAGAAAGAUGAAACUGUGGGCCUAUGGGUCAACUUCACGAUUGUAGUUGACAAGUUGUACCCUCAAUCCCUUCUGUCUUCUUCGAUAGCAUCGCUAGAAUCAUGUCAUUCUCGACCCGCACCACCCGCACUCUGGUGGCCCUGCCCCGAACCGCAUGGGCCCGGUUGAUGCACACUCCCGGUCGACAGAUCCCCAACCACCCAACUCCCUCUACUUCUCCUCAUAACCCUCACGACGUCCACUCGCACCACCAGACCCUCACGAUGCCCCCGGAAAACUCUCAUCUUCUCGACCCUGAAGCCGAAUCGACGUCUCCCGACCUCGCCGCCGACAACUCGGUCGCACCCCGAGCGAGCAAGUCUUCCCCGAUCAAACGGGCCACGCAGUACAGCCUUCCUCCAGCCCGUCAUUCCCCUUCCCCAUUAUCCACCCAUACGCCAAAAGGCAAACUCAUCCCGACCCGACCUCCUGCUCGGACGACCAUGCCUCACGUGGAGGAGGACAAGAUCUCCUCCUCUCACCCGCUUUGGAAGUUUUUCAGGACUACCGAGGAAGGGAAGUUUCCUACGCCGUUAGGAGGGAUGGGGUUGACGCUGGAGGAACUGAGGAAUCUGCCCAAGACCGCUGAAGAGGCUGGGAGUGGGAUGGGGAGUUUGGAACCUAUCAUGGAGAACGACCGCAACCUCAAGUCGGGUCGAUCAUGGACGACAGCCGAACUCCGGGAAAAAUCCUUCCGAGACCUGCAUAUCCUGUGGUACGUCCUCUUGAGGGAACGCAACGUCCUCGCCACUCAGAGGGAAGAGCGGAGGAGGUUGGGCUUGGCAUUGGACGGAGAGUUGUUGACGAAACGAGGUUUCCGAUGCCGCAAGAGCAUGGCCCGGAUCAAGUACGUCCUCAACGAACGACGUCUAGCCCUGAUUGCCACGGCCGAAUCCCUCCGCCCGACCGCCCAAAAGGUACACGGGACGAGCCCCCUAGGCAUGGCCGACCCGAUGAGCUUGACCGGAUGGGAGAAGGAACGAGGGAUCAGGUUCGAGAGGGGCGUGAUCGACGAAUCGACAUCAGCUUCGGGACUCGGGGAUGGGGAGAGACAAAAGAGGGAUAUGGAGGAAGAGAAGGAACCGGUCGUUGAGGGGGAAAGCGUCGCCAAGGAAGAGAUCGAGGGGAGGGACGAAGGUUUCGGGAGCGGGAAGGAAGCGGAAGAAUUUGUAAAGGCAAAGAUCUAGAUGUAGUUGUGAGACGAGAUAUGGCAAAUCAUCUGUACUGAGGAUCUUAGCAUGCCAUGCUGUCGUCAGGGCCACGAAAGGCCGAAAGGAGACUUCCCUAUCACGCUGCAUCAGGA